CUUUCCUUUUCCCCCCGGAAGAAGCCUCACCAACAGGAGCAAUUCCUCCGCUCUCUGGAGGGCGGUUGCGUCCUCGCGCGAAGAAAGCCGGAGCCCGGAGCGCCCUCCCGCUCCGAUCGGUCGGGGAGCGCCGAUUCGAGCAGCCGAUCGGCCGUCCGCGAAGGUAUACCCCUCCGAUUCGGCCCCCAGACCCCGCUUAAUCCGCGUGGUUCUCGUAUGAAUUCGACGGUGGCGGCACUGUGUGGUUUGAUCGGCCUUUUUUUUGGGGUACAACCCGCCCUUUGUGUGGGGGUGGGUCAGUAGGUGGAUGCUCGUGGAUUUUAGGGGGGGAGUUGCAGGAUCGGUGCGCUAGGUUGCGGUUCUCCCUGUCCCUGCUGGGUCGCGGUCAAAGUAAUGGAUGGGGAUUUGGGGUCGCUGUUCGGUCGUCGCCGUCUUAAUUACCUGGAUUAGUGCGAUUUCAGCGGCACGGUGCAUCGAUUCUGCCUGCGGAAGCGUGGCGGUUGCUGUGACCUGGAGGUGCGCCCCCGAUCUCCUAAUCCGUGGUGGUCCCUUCACUUCAGCUCAUAUUUUCUGAUUUCUAUUCCCCGUCAUCUCUAUCACCUAACCCCCUGUUCUCUCCAUAAACAGAAUAUAAUCCCUCUUGUUAUGUACUUUCAGUGAAUUGGUUGUUACCCAAAUCCAUCACUAAACUCUAGCUUCUUCAGACAGCUUCUACAGACAGGUCAUGGGUCUGACUUGGUUAGGCUGGCUUGGGUUAUGUCAUUUAGGCCGACAAACACUGCCUCUUUAAACGGGGGAUGCUGCUGAUCAUUGUGAACGGCAGUACAGAAACAUGUGCUACGGUCAUGGUUGGGUGUGUCGAACAAUCCUUACUAUCAGGUGAUCAGCAUACAUCAAUGUGUCUUGGCUAUCUCCUUGUUAUCAUCUGUUUGAUCAUUGCCUCUUUUAUGCCCCUUCUAUGAAUUGACCACUCUCCAUUUGCAAAAUUAUGUUACUAUGGUUCAGCAUCAGCUUAUAUCUAUAUCCUUCUUCAGUUGAAGCUCUCUGACAGUAUGGAUGACUAAAUGGUCUCUAGCAGUUUGAGGAAUCAUGUUUCCUGUCCCAGUUUACUUACUCUGUAGCUUAGGAACUCCAAUCCACCUUGGAGCGCAUUCAUGACUGAUGAUUUUGACCUCUGAAGCUUAUGAGUGGGUAAUUCUUUUCUGUAUCUCCCUUAUUGUUUACUAGCCAGUAGCAAAAGCCGACAUACUACAAAUCUGAAUCUCAUUAUCUCUUAAUAUGUUUGUUUACAAGAAAAAAAUAUAUCAUAUGCAUAAUGUACCUUCUCCCUGUGACACUCCUACAGCCAUUAAAUUAUUGAAGGUACUCUUUGAUGCUUCAAUCCGUAUUGGAAAUAUCUAAAUUCCAUCGGACAAAGAACAUAUAAGUUCUACACUCAGUUUUGCUUUAGAAGCAGAAGCAUUGAAUCUGUUAAAGGUACAACACUGUUGUCCUUUGCUUUGAUGGUAAUGCAUGAAAUUCGAACAUCGACAUGUCUUCUGCAUCUUCAGGUUUAGUGAGAUCUGGCCUCCGCAAUAGUCACCUUCUUGAAAGCAGAUGUAUAAGGCUUAUUAGAGUUGGAGUUCGAUCUUUGGGGACAUGAAUUGAUUCUGUUAUUUGUUUGACUCCAAUUUGGGGGCAAUCACGGGCUUUAGGUUGGGUGAGGAAUUGUCGUUUCAACGAAUUCAGGUACUCAGGUACUAUUUGAACACUGCACUAAAAAAUGGAGUUUCUUUUCUUGUUUGACAUCUUGAUGUGCCAAAAUCAAGCUCUCAUUAAAGGUCAAACAAAUGGGCAAAAUUUGGGAUUCUUGAUUAGUUUUUUUCAGUGUUAAGCGAUGAAUCUGCUUUGGUAAAUGGGAGAACUGAUCCAGUUGAUCCGUAUGCCUUGCGAGGACUAUUUGUCCUCAGUAAGAGCAUAUGUUCAACAUCACUGUUGGGCUUGUGUUGCCCUUAGAUUGAGAUGAUGGCUUCUCUUACAAGAUUGUAACAACCUUUUAACAGCCCAAGAAACAAGAGAGGCCCUCCAGUUGUGAGUUUUUGGAAGAGCCAAUUGCUGCUAACUUCAUAUCAUUCUGAGGACUGGAAAAGGUGGACCAGUGCUACUCUUAGCAUCUACCACCUAGAACUUUUAGCCCAUUGGUGGUUUGUAUGGUGAAGUUCAACAAGUAUAAAGGCGAGAAGGGUAGUUUCAUGGCCCACUGUUAACUUAUAGGGAGAGAAAUAUUGAGGUUUAUGGAAAUAUUGGCUGGAGCAGCAUGAUCACCCACUAGUCCUGAUUUUGGAUGGUAGAUUUAGGUUGGCGUAAAUGUGGGAGAAGGAACUUAAACAGUUGUUUCACAUCAAAUUAGUUGAUCUGAAGAUCCUUUCCAAGUAAAAAAUCAGCUUACCAUGUAGAAUUGGAUACGGCGAGGUUAGCUUGGCCCAUGAAGUAACAAUUCUUUUGAUCACACUGAGAGGAUGCCAUUUGCAGAUAGCUAUUCAAUGUUGUUGGAAGAAGAUGCUAGUUGAAAAUAGGUGAAUUGAUGAUGUUGGAAACAAGAACAAGAUGCAUUUCAUAAGACGAACAAAAGGACAAUAAUUUUGAGGAGGAACCUUUAGCAAUCUUGUGUUUGCAUCUGUUAUUCAUACAUGGGCAUGUGUGUACCUGAAAUGCUAGUGCUAUAUCUACCUGCCUUCAUAUUUGCUGGGGCUUCUGGAGCUGAUAGCUAGUGCCAUACUUUCUGCCUUAUAUGUCCAUUUCCUUUCUGUUUAACAGAAUCAUGUACAAUUUAUUAUUAGUUUCUCUCCCCAUGACUAAAGCCCUUGUUUGACGGGCUUUUCAUUCCAUGUAAAGAAUUAGAAGAUUCUGGCCAAUCUUCUUAUGUUCAAUAGAAUGUAAUAUGAACUGUACUGUUUGAUAAGUGCUGCACUGCUGCCAUAUAAUUUAGUUGCACACUGUUUCAACUUCUUUGGCUAUUACUGUAUUCCUGUUGUUACAGAUGCUGUCAAUAGGUUCUUUGCCUUUUAAAAUUGGUCCUUUCACCUGAUUUUGUACAGAGUCCUGGUGUAUACUGCUUUACUGAAUUAAUGUUGUAAGACUAGUAUCUUUGUAGGUUAGGUAUUAGGAUUUUAUACUUGAUAACUGAACUAUUCAAAUAUCAUCUGUAAUUUAAACGUAAUAUCAAUGGAUUGUAUAGCUGCUCAUCUAGUAUUUUCUAUCACUUGGAGAAAAGACAAUGCAGUCUUGAUAUGCUGCUUGUAAUUAUCUUGUAUAAAUCCUGUUAAAUUGUAAUCUUAUAUAAUGGUGCAGUAUCAAACUAUCAAUUUAUAUAUCUACUAGUCUCUUUGUUAUCUUCAAACAAACAUUCUUUUUAAACUGUUCAUGAACAACAAUACAGCAAUAAAUAUUCUCCAAUCUUUUAAUUGACCGUCUCCAUUUCUGAUUGGUUUUUUUGUUUCUUUCAUCUCCCAUUAUUUGAGUGCAAAUAAACCUUUACGGAAGGUAAAAUUUGUUAGUGCCACUUUAGCUAAGUGUGUGUGUAUAUAAUCUUAUGCACCAUAAUGACAUGAUGUAUACAUAAAGCCAUAAAGGUUCCCUUCAACUUGCAUCUACAUUAUUGGCAUAACAUAGGUGUCCUCUAGCUACUUGAUAACCAAACAUUAGAGAGUAGUAUUUUGUUGUUUCAAAAGGUUAGAAUUUUGAACUAUUCAUCAUAUGGGAAAAUCCUAUGCUCAUUCAUUACUUACCAGGCCCUGUUACUGCCAUCACCAAAGCUAUAAAAGUUUCUAAUUCUUGUAUUGAGGUCUAAAAGUCAGGUUUCCACCCUAUAUAUUUUAUUUUGUAGUAGACUAUUAUGCAAGUAUGAUGAUGCCUUCUCUAGUUUAAUUUUGUAAACUAAUUACUGUGGUCAAAACGUUUUAUGUUUACUUAGUUAAUUACGUUAGCAUGGUUUCUAGCCUUCUUGGAUAUUACGAGGAUUUCAUUUGUGUUGUGAGUGUUGUACCAAAGUUAAAUAAGACACUGGAUAUGAUGGAAUCUUUGGGGUUUUGGCACUGGCAGCUCUAGCCUGUGCGAUUGUAAUCUCACAUCUUGCGGUUCUAAGGUUUGAAUGAUCCUUUUUAAUUUGUUCUGGAAGUCUUAAGUAUUUGUGAUUCUCUCUAUAUUUACAUUUUUUUUCUAAAUCUACAUGUAUAUUUGCAUCUGCAAUUUGUUUUUCUAGAAUACUAAUGCCGAGCCUAUAAUUUUCCAGGUUAAGCAAAAUCAAAUCCCUCUGUUCAUGUGUUAUGGCGGGACAUCAUCAUAAUAACACACAUGCCUCCAGGAUGGAUCAUGUGAACAGGUUCCAGAGUGAACCGCAGCCUUUUGGUCCAAAGUUAUUUAUGCAUUCUAGAACUGAUGCAGCAAAUGGAGCUCUAUCAUCAGGUUAUGGGGGCGCACCAAUAAGACCAAAUGACAUUCCAUCCUCAAGUCACACUGGGCAAUCUCAUAUUCAGCAUAGUGAUGCUCCUGGAACCAUGCUUGCAUCGUAUUCUGGCUAUCCUCAUGCUGGAAGCUCCAGCAGCAUCUAUGCACCACAUAAUACUCAUCAUCCGCCGCCUUUGAGUUAUCCACAUAGGUCUGAGGAUAACUUCAUUCCGAGUUCCCAUAUGGAUGACAGAAGGGUUGCACUGAAGCGGAGAAAUCCAAUUAUUCAUCCAGUGGAUGGAGUCAAUAUUGGGAGCUCUUAUGCUGGCAGUUCAUCUAAUCCUCAGUUCUCUCGCUACAUGCCUCCAAAUCAUAUUCCUGCUCCUGAACCCUGCCCUUCUCGAAUAACAUCAAAUAUGGGUUCGAGAUACUGGAGUGAUCAUCCCUUUGGUGGCCAUGGAGGAUCUCAGAGGAAUGUGAGAGGCCGCCAUGAUCACAAUCCCAUCCAUUUGGGACACAAUCCAGGUGUACCUUGCGCAUCAAGCAGCACUCAUGGGCCACCACACCAAACUAAUGUAAUUGGUCAUCCUCGAAGUACAGCAGUGCCACAAGAUAGAGCGCAUUUUUCUAUACCUCCAAGAGUGGCAGCCCCAGGGACCGAUGGAAACUCUAGUAUGGUCUUCAGGGAGAGGCCAUACUAUUCUGCUCCGCAGAGGACCAACAUAAAUGCCCCCCCUGUCCCAACACCUCCUGGUUCUUCUGAUAGUCUACAUUUUGUGCAUGGUGGGUAUGCCCCCAGAGCAGCCCCUCCUAACACCAUCAGCACAUAUCCUGCCCCAGCUUUUGCGACUUCUAACAACACGGUGACAGUCACCCAUGAGCCUGAUAUCCCUAGCUAUCGGCCUGCUGUCCCUAGCUACCCGCCUGCUACCUCAGCAGCAGCAUCAAGUAUUCAUGCUGAAGCUGCUACAUCUCCAAGACAUCUGGGGCAUGUGGCUCUAGGUUCCGGUGGUAGUGCAAGGAGUAGAAGGCUGAGGGAUUCGUACCAUGCUUUUCGUCCACUGAUUAUUGAAGAAAAUAACUUGAGAGGACCAGCAGCUGAGCGGUUUAUGAUGCUGGAUGAGUUAGUUAUCCAUGAAUCGAGAGAAGAUUCUGAUCCUCACUGGGACAUGAGACUGGACAUUGAUGAUAUGAGUUACGAGGAGCUGCUGGCUUUGGGAGAACGAAUAGGCAAUGUCAACACUGGCCUAGCUGAUGAAAAACUUUCAAGCUGUGUGAUGGAGAUAACUUGCUGCAGCUCUGCCCGUACCCAUGGUGAUACUGAGAGCGCAAGAUGUGUAAUUUGCCUGGAGGAUUACAAAUUCAAGGACUCUAUCGGAAAGCUGAAAUGCGGUCACGACUACCACGCAGACUGCAUCAAGAAGUGGCUGCAGGUGAAGAACGCUUGCCCAGUCUGCAAAGCUUCUGCGGCAGACGACAGCGGAGGCACCGAAUGAAGCGCCCUCCUGCCCCGCCACAUUCAGCCCAUCUCAGGCGAAACUGUAUCUAUUGGCUGAUCUGGUCCUGCUGUGUAAAUAAUGGUCCUGGAACGGAUUAUUUGUGAGCUGAAUUUGAACUCGACAUCUAAAAUAUAAUCCUCAAGCUAGUUGCUAAUUAAUCGAUGGUAGCAUUUCAUUCUUUUUUCA